AUGCCUGAUACAUCGGCACCGACAAACUCACGCGCGCCUCAGCGUUCUGAGCCAACAGGGCACACACAGCUCCCAUUGUCGAGAGUAAAGAAAAUCAUCCACAAGGAUGCCGAUGUCUCUCACUGCUCGAACAAUGCCGCCUUUGCCAUCACCCGUGCCGCCGAAAUGUUCAUCAUGCACCUAGCCGAGACUUCGCUCAACCAAGCGAGGGCGGAGCGUAAGCCGAGACGGAAUAUCCAAUACAAGGAUGUUGCGAACGCCGUCUCUCAUCUAGAUAACCUUGAGUUUCUAGAAGACAUCGUCCCGAAGACCGUCCUCUUCAGUAAGAUCCGAGAUGCCGCCCAAGAGACGCAGGCCCGGCUCCGUGGCGGAAAAGAAGUCAACGGCGAGGGCGACCAAGACUGUUCCAUCCCUCCCUCUCCGUCCGAAGGCCCUUCGACGGCCGUGGCUCCUGCCGAUGGGGGGGCCGCCAUCACAGUGUCUUUGCGUGACGACGACAGAGAUUCGGAUGACGCCAACGACCAGCUCGAACUCGAGAUGCAACAGGCCGCCGCCGGAUUUCGUCGUCCCACGCAUGACAGAGAUGUGCCCAUGUCCGGCUAG